AUGCGAUAUGUUCAGGUUUUUCGAGAACUCGAUCCGUCUUUUCCAAACGUUCGAGAGAUUGCAGCCAAUGCAAGUCUAUGUUUCGUGAACGCUGAUGAAAUGUUCGACUUACCACGACCUAUCAUACAUAAAGCCAUCUACAUCGGCGGUUUAGGGAUUAACGAACCAAAACCGCUCGACAAGAAGUUUUCCGCUCUCAUGGAGAAAGGCAACAAGGGUGUCAUUAUCGUCUCCUUAGGCACGAUCGCUCCAUUCCAUGCUUUUCCCGAUGCUACCAAAGCAGCAUUCGCUUCAGUGUUCAGGUCGAUGUCUGACUACCAUUUCAUUUUGAAAAUCACAAAAGGUAGGAUUCAUCAGUCUUUUUCUAGAGGCUGUCAAAAAUUUCGAAGAGGGCAGCAUGAA